CAAUCGCACAUACCGUUGUCAAGAAAUUGGAACGACAGGCAGCAGCCCAAAAUACCACCCAUACUACAGUGCAAGUAUCUACGACACAGCAUAAGAAGGAUGCGGAGGGGCGUGCUGCUGAUGACGGCCGUCCUGUUGUUGUCAACAGCGGACGUGAACGGCUGGAGACGUCGUCGUGGCGGUGGCUGCUCUGCUGUCAACUGCCAAUGGUCUGGUUGGUCCUGCACCGCGUGCAGCGCUUCAUGUGGAGGAGGCACUCAAAGUUGUACAAGAACGGUAGUUGUUGCAGCAUCAUGUGGAGGAGCUGGGUGUUCUGGUGCCUCCUCAGAAACUCGGAGGUGUACUGGAUCAAGCAGCUGUAAUCACGGCUCAGCUGCAACGUCAGGCUGUUCCUGUAACGCUGGGUACACAGGAUCGUGCUGCCAGAGCAGAGUCUCGUGCGGAGCUCUUUCCUCACCAGCCCAUGGUUCUAUAUCGGGUAGCCACUACUAUGGAGACAGGGUAACCUUUAGCUGCAGUUCCGGCUAUUAUCUCCAGGGGAGCUCUUCACGCACCUGUCAGUCAAACGGACGAUGGAGCGGCACCCAACCCACCUGCCAACGAGUCGCGUGCGGAGCUCUUUCCUCACCAGCCCAUGGUUCUAUAUCGGGUAGCCACUACUAUGGAGACAGGGUAACCUUUAGCUGCAGUUCCGGCUAUUAUCUCCAGGGGAGCUCUUCACUCACCUGUGGGGCAAACGGACAAUGGAGCGGAACCCAACCUACUUGCCAACGAAAGAGCUGCCCCAGCCUAACAGCUCCGACUGAUGGUGCGAUGCAGGGAACGAGCUUUCUCUUUACAGACGUUGUCACCUUUUCAUGUCACACUGGGUACGAGUUGAGUGGAUCCGAGAGUAGGACGUGCCAAGCUGACCAAGUUUGGAGCGGUUCACAGCCAACUUGUAACCGAAAACUUUGUCAGCAGCUAUCAUCUCCGGAUAAUGGACAAGUUACUGGUGGCCACGCCUAUGGUGACGUCGCCAGUUUCUCCUGCAGUUCUGGGUAUGAGCUGGCAGGGGGAGACGCCACACGGACCUGCCAGGAUGACCAGCAAUGGAGCGGAACUCAGCCAACAUGCGCAAGGAAAGCCUGUACAACUCUCGACCCGCCACCUAACGGUGCUGUGUACGGGGGCCACCUGUAUGGUGAUACGGCCACGUUUGCCUGCGACGUCGGGUACGAGCUGAGCGGGCCUUCCACCAUAACAUGCCAGGAUAUACAGACAUGGACUGCGGCGUCACCGACAUGCGAUAUUAAGUACUGCAAGGCAGUAUCCGCCCCUACCAAUGGACAGGUAUCGGGAGGCAAUCUUUACGGCGACACCGUGACCUUCACAUGUGACACAGGAUACGAGCUUCUGGGUUCUGCCACCAUAACGUGCCUGGCAAACGAGACAUGGAGUCAUAGUCCUCCUGUGUGUCAGAUGGUGACUUGUCCCGAACUUUUGCCCCUGGCCAAUGGACAAAUGUCUGGUGGAAAUCUUUACGGUGACAUCGUCACUUUUGUCUGCAACCCUGGGUACGAGUUGAGCGGCAGUGACCAACGGACCUGUGGAGCUAAUAAACAGUGGAGCGGAUCGCCUGCAGUUUGCAACAGGGUAAGCUGUCCCACGUUGCCAACACUGCUGCACGGUUCUAUCAGCGGGGAGACUCUCUAUGGCGACCUAUUGACCUUUGACUGUGACCAAGGAUACGAGUUGUAUGGCAACGCUAAUGUGACGUGCCAAGCCGAUCAGACUUGGUCUGGAACAGCCCCGUUGUGCAGAGAAAUACUUUGCCCCCCACUCACGCCUCCGCUGAAUGGGCAGAUGGCAGGGGGUAACGCAUAUGGCGACAUAGUGGUGUACGUAUGUGACGCAGGGUAUGAACUGGUGGGAGGAAACGUGACACGUACUUGUCAGGAGGACAAGGAGUGGUCAGGGACACAGCCUGAAUGUCACAAGGUAAGCUGCUCUCAACUGAUUGCACCGACAAAUGGCAGCGUGGCCGGGGGGACGUCCUUUGGUGACUAUGCGGCAUUCACGUGUGAUGCUGGAUAUGAGAUAGUGGGAUCAAACAUCAUGUUGUGCCAGGCCAACCAGCAGUGGAGUGGGACACAGCCUUCCUGUCAUAGAUUGCAGUGUGCCACACUGCCACCCCUGAUGGACGGCCAUAUGACAGGAGGAUCCCUGUAUGGCGACACGGUCACUUUCAGCUGUCACAUGGGGUUUCACCUAGUGGGCAGUUCGGAGAGAACCUGCCAGGCUGACCAGCAGUGGAGCGGUACUCAGCCGUCCUGUCAGAGGAAAGAAUGCCCACCGAUCACUGCACCGGACCACGGCAGUGUGUCUGGGAGUCAUCUCUUCGGAUCCACCUUGGUGAUCUCAUGUGACCCCGGGUACGAACUGGACGGGACUGGAAGUAGAACGUGCCAGGCGGAUCAGACGUGGAGCGGUGUUGAACCCACUUGCAAAGCUAUAACAUGUGCCGCCCUGGAUCCACCACUAAACGGCGAUGUAAGCGGAGGGAACUCGUUCGGCGACACUGUCACAUUCUCCUGCUCAGUGGGAUUUGUACUGACUGGCACCGCCAAUCUGACGUGUCAACAUGACAAGCAGUGGAGCGACUCCGUACCAUCUUGCAAAAGAAAGGAAUGUCCUCUCCCGUCUACGCCUAACAACGUCCAGGUAACAGGAGGGCAUCUCUACGAGGAUGUCGUGACCUUCUCCUGUCUGUCCGGGUUCACUCUCAACGGCAACGGGACAAGUGUGUGCCAAGCCGACCAGACCUGGAGCGGUCAUCCGCCAUCUUGUGACCGAGUCCAAUGCCCGGCCUUGUCAUCACCUACCGAUGGCAGCUUUAGUGGCGGCUUCCUCUACGAGGACGUGGUGACCUUUACCUGCAACGAAGGAUACGAACUGUCGGGCACCCAGACGGUGACCUGCCAAGCUGACAUGACUUGGAGCAGCUCGGAACCAACAUGUGAGAGAAAGCCGUGCCCUGUGUUGGAUGGCAUCGUUGAUGGAACGGUGACAGGUGGCCACCUGUACGGCGAUACUGACACAUUCACGUGCUCAUCUGGGUAUCAGCUGGUAGGGGACCAAGACCGGACCUGUCAGGCUGACCAGACUUGGAGCGGGGUCCAGCCGAGUUGUCAAAAGAUAUGCUGCACAUCACCUCUGGUUGCGAAUAGCCUGUAUGUAGGAGACACGUGUGUCAACGAUACUGUUACGGUAACAUGCGACAACGGGUAUACACCAGUGGGCAACACUACACUAACCUGUACUGAAGAUGGCGUGUGGGAUAAAGAAAUCCCAAAAUGCGAAGCAAUAUGUUGUGACGGUAACCUGGCAAUUGGCAACGGUCAUGUCCAGUUGGUAGAUGGCAAGUUUUGUUACGGAAGCAUUGCAAUCUUUGACUGCGACACUGGCUACAGUCUGGUUGGAAGUGGCAUUGCAAGCUGCCUAGAAGACGGCACCUGGUCGGACAUGCCAUCAUGUGAAAGAGUUUGUUGUGGUGAAGUUGGACAGAUACACAGUGGCCAGAUCACUACAAACGGGACAUGCUACAACGAUGUUGCGACGUUGACGUGCGAUCCUGGGUUCCAGCUAAUUUCACAUAGUCCCAUCGUCUGCAGUGCAGAUGGAAAAUGGGCUGGCAACAGUUUCUGUGAAUCCAACCCAAUCUGCAUUAGAGAGGACCUGGCGAGCCCUGCAAACGGGCACAAGAUCUGUUACACAGUAACUUCCGUUGGAGAAGAUAGAGAGCUCUGCACAAUGAACUGUAACCCCCCAAAGGUAUAUGGUUUGGAUGUAGAUACUUAUGAGUGUGGAGACUACACCAACUGGCUAUGGAUGACUCGUCAAAAUAACCGACUGUGGUUCACCGAUGUUUCUCAAUGUCAAGAUUCUGAGGACCCUUUCAUGUUUAUUGUAAUGGGAGGCCUGACUAUCAUGUCUACUACGGUUACACCACCUCAACUUGCCGCCAUUCGAAGGUUCAUCAGGGACGAACUAUUGAGACAAAGGCUUUGCACCCACCCAUGCAGGAUCAGCCACAUCUCUGUUGACGAAGGUAUACGUUCACGUGCACUUACACGUGUAAGGUCCACGACAGAUGCUUCUCCCGUAUACAUCAUCGACGUUACUAUUCAGCUGUACGUUGAACAUGGCAGCCAGCUAUCCCUGCAGUCAAACCUCCUUCCAACUGACACGGAUGCUUUCCUCAGGCAAGUGGCUGUCGAUGUAACAAAUUUCCUGACGUCGGGCGCAUUCGUCAUUCCCAUCAACGGUGUCAAUCUUACCAUCGAAGACACAGGAGUCAGCAUCUCUGAGCCAACUGUUGGAUGUCCUGUCGGAUUCCGACCAUCAGGCAGUUACUGCGUUGCCUGCCCACCUGGAUCCAUGCAUGUCCCAAUGUCCGGAGAAUGUGCGCCAUGUCCUAUAGGGACAUAUCAAAAUUCCAGCGCUCAAGCCGAUUGCCAGUUAUGUCCUGGAGGAACCACAACGCUGUCCCAGGGAAGCAGUGACAUAAGCGAAUGCAAAGAUUAUGCGGAUUGUAACUGCGGACCUCAUCCUUGUAUGCCGACUACUUACGGAUGGGCGUGUCAGUGCCCUGUAGGUUAUGUGAACAAUGACGACAAAUGUGUCGUCCGUGGUGCGUGUCCGGAGGGGUCUAAGGUGUUAGGAGACGUGUGUUACAUGGUAUCUAACACUACGGCCACCUAUCGGGGGGCAGGGGACGUCUGUCGGCUGAUGGGAGGACAACUUGUCGUUGUGAAGAACAAGGAAACGCAGGACUUCAUAGCUGCAAACAGCGAUGGUAAGGACUUGUGGAUCGGAUUGGAUGAUCAGCUGGACGAAGGACAGUUCAAAUGGUCUGACGGAGCCGCUCUCGAAAGUUUCACUUAUUGGGCACCAGGUGAGCCCAAUGACGCAUCGACAACCUCUUCCCAGGACUGUGUGCAUCUGUGGCCGCUGGCGUCGUUCCGCUGGGAUGACCAACCGUGUGACAGGAUGGAGUACUUUGUCUGCCAGUUCAGCGUAAUGGCCGAUCCCAAUACCAUUGGUAAUUGAGGCAUUCUAGGCCAAGGGAAUAACAACAUCCCCAGUAAUAAUCAUGAUCAUCAUCAUGAUCAUUGGGUCUAGCAAUACCUGGUCAUAGACGAAAGA